AUGGUCCUGGACGAGCACUUCCUGUGUCCCUGGUGGUCUGCGCUUCGCCGCUACCUGGCCCACAGCGAGCCCAACCACCGCGUGCGAGGAUGCAUCCACUGCUACCCGUUUCCCGCGGGGUUCACUGAAGACGACGACACGUCCAGCUUGGGGGUCUGCUUGGCGGUCGUCUUCCCAGCGGACGUCGAGGCUCGGGAGCAAGAGCGACGCCUCCUGUCGCGCGCCCGGGAGGCUCUGGAGCUCUUCACAGUGCUGGCAGCCGUCAACCGCCUCAAGUUCGCCAAUUUCUUCGCCGAGUUCAUGGCGGACGAGGACGUCGUCGGACUAACUUCUGGUAAGUACUCGAGGGUGCUGCCUGUGUGGAGGUGCUACCUCCCGAAGCUUUUGAGCCCGUACGUUCCCGUUGCAACGCAGUCCUCCGUGACGUGGGGGCAAUUGUUUGGGUGUCCGAACGACCCGUGGGUCUAUUCCGUGGAUUUCCGCCAAGCUAUGGAGCAGGUGAAGGGUCUGGGGCCGCAAGAGCCCGAGAGUUGGCGGGAGCUUCGCCUCGAGGUCGACUGGGCCUUGGGGCACGAGUCGGAUCUGUCCCGAACUGAAAUGGACGAGGUGUUGACGCUGGACGCGUUCUCGCGGGAACUUGGGAAAGUUUUCGAGUUGGAAAUCCCGCGCGUUCUUCAUUUUUGCGCCGUUCAGGACCGAGCUCGGGUGAUUAAAGCGUGGAGCGGCAGCAAGUCGCAGGCGCCGGCCAGUAACGCACAAACCUACAAGGCGCAGGUCGACCACGAGACUAUACCGGAGAUGACGAAGGCUCUUGCGAUGACGGACUUUGCGUGCUUGACGGUGGAGCUAGAAGAUGAGGAAGCCAAGAACAAACCGGUGACGGAGAUUUCGGGGUUUCGCUUUAGUACGCUGGUCGCCCGGCGCUCCAUGUGCAAGCUGACGGGGGCUAACCGUGCAAUGUCUACAGUUGUGCGCGACGCAAAGUACAAGGAGCUAGAUAUGGAGCUUACAUGGGCGUCCAACUCUAGAGUUGCUGCCGUCUGCUCAGCAGUAGCCGAGUCAUCACUAAUGGAAACUUUGAGGGUAUCCGUUGGCGCGGAUAUUAACCACAGCGAAGACCAGACCAUGGAUCGGACGCGUUGGGGGUGGCUGGUGUAUGGACUUUGUGCUGGAGAGUCCACAACGCCCGACAAAGUGCUGCAUAGUGGCAUGAGUGUGUUUAAUCUGGCGCGAGACAGGGAAACUCCGUCGAUCCUACGAGACCUCCAGAGUACGGCUUUUCUCACGGUCCCAGAAGGAACGGAGCUCCGACUCGGAGGUUUGGCGAAUCCAGGAAGCAACACUGUAUUUGUUCUGUCCCGUUCUCAUCGCUGUCGGGCGCAUUAUAACCCCGCCACCAUGGCUGAAUGCAUUGACGUCGUUGUUGCUGGGUAUGGGAUUUGCCGGAUGAAACUAGGAGCCAGUGAUCGGAUGAGGCAAUUCGUCCGGGACAGCGCGAACUGUCAGCCAGAAAGCUCACGUCGCCUUAGUGAGUUCAGUUUGGUGAUCUCUGACCUGGAAAACGAACGUUUGGUACCGGACUUGCUGAGACUGAUCGGUGGUGGGCUCCGAGAACUCUGUUUUAACUACUGCGGGAACCAUAAGGCUACUCUAAAGCUCUGCGAUGUGGCUGCAGUUUGUCCAGAACUUGAAGACCUUGAGCUCAUCUCCUUUGAAUUGUCUGCCCCGCUCAGUGGUAAGCUGUGCAGUUGGGGUCUUCAGGAAUUGACGAUUGGUGACUGCAACUUAUUACACGGUCUACCGGCGUGUCUGGAAAAUUCCGAGUGCAGGAUGUCCCGGGAGUUGCUGAAGAUGGAGAUAACAGCUUCUCACGACUGCAAUGUGCCAGCGGAUACUAUUAAAGUCCUGGCAGCGCACGACAAGGAGUUCCUCCCAGUUAUAAAGGAAAAACUCCCCCUCCACUCGUAG